AUCCGAUAAUUUUCCAAUUACUUAUUUCUCGUUGUUUCUAUGACAAUAUUACAUUUAACCUUGCACACCGCAAGUACACACAUGUUCAAACAACCAUAAGACGUCAACUGCCCAACGCACCUCAAUUGCCGGUAACACCAUGGAGCUCCAUAAACCCCGGCAAACGCGUCAAGAUCCCACAAAGGCCUUUCGGCAGCAUCCCGAGGCCGCGCAGGGGUUGCGUGUCUUUUUUCGAGUGUGCCGAUACAGGGGAUGCAGUUGAGAAGCCCACGAAGGUGAAAAUUAUACUAGUGACAUGCAAAGGAGCUCCAAUGGAAGAGGAGAAAAAGAGGUCUAAACUACAACACUACCGCUACAUUCAAAAUAUUCUUACGAACAAACCAUGCAAAGCAUGCAAUCCAAUCGAAGUGGAAAUACGACAGAGAUACGAUAAGCUCAUAGAGACAAACACUCUAUACUAUAUGAUUCUGGUUGAAUUAACAUGCGCAUCCACGGCGGUAGCAUCAUUGCUCACGGAUUACAGGAAAGAAAAGUUAACGUUCAGAGCGUGGCUACCGUUCGACUACUCUUCGACAGCGUUAUUCCACUUUACGUAUUUUCAUCAAUUAAUCAGUUUGACAGUUGGAUCUGUCUUGCAUGUCGCUUGCGAUGGUCUUAUUUGCGGAUUAUUGUUGCAUAUAUGCUGUCAACUAGAAAUACUAAGUUGUCGUUUCAAAGAUAUUGUACAUAAUCCGAAAAUACUUCGCGACUGUGUUAUUCAACACAAUCUUCUAUUUAAAUUUGCUUUUAUAUUAAACAAAAAAUUUAGGUUUACUAUCACUUUUCAGUUUAUAGUAAGUACAUUAGUGGUGUGCUUUACUUUAUAUCAGCUAACUAAGACUAGCGGAAAAUUUGUUGAAUUAGGUAUGUACAUGUCGUGCAUGCUUACACAAAUCUUUUUGUAUUGCUGGUACGCGAAUGAAGUCAAAUUGAAG